CGAUUUACUACAGGCUUACAGCUCGAUUUCCAGGAUAAAACACCCCCUCGUAAUUAUAUAAAUACUACCUCUCUUCAUCAGCAUGGUAAAUACUGGACUUCCAGCAGGAUGGGAGGUGCGCCACUCCAACUCCAAGAACCUUCCUUACUACUUCAAUCCCAUGACCAGGGAAUCCUGCUGGGAACCCCCAGCGGAUACGGAUAUGGAAACUCUCAAGAUGUACAUGGCCAAGUUCCACAGCGGCAGUGCUGCCGUGCCCGAUGGUUCGGGUCAAGGUGAGGGCAAGAUCCGCUGCAGCCACCUCUUGGUGAAGCACAGAGACAGUAGACGUCCCAGUAGCUGGAAAGAGUCAGACAUCACUCGGUCGAAGGAGGAAGCGCGUCAAAUCCUGGAAGGCUACCAGGAACGGAUCCUGCGCGGGGAGAUUAGCUUGGGCGAUCUCGCAAUGUCAGAAUCGGACUGUAGUAGUGCCAGAAAGAAGGGUGAUCUCGGCUUCUUCGGACGCGGGGACAUGCAGAAAGAAUUCGAAGACGCAGCAUUUGCUCUACAACCCGGUGAAAUUAGUGAAAUCGUCGAUUCACAGUCGGGUCUUCAUCUUAUUGAACGUGUCCAGUAAAUAUGCUUUGGGUUGGCCACGCAUGCUUUUAUAUGUAUUUAAACCAAAUCCCAAGAGGAGAGAAAUUUAAAAUGUUGUUCCAACUUAUUCA